AUGGUCUUACAAGUUACAACAGCUAAUAAUAUCAAAGUAUAUACUGUCUCUGGAGGACUUGGCUCCAGAGCUAUUCCCGAUUGGCUUGCUCGUCAAAAGAAAAAGCAAUUAAAAAGAGAUUUUGAUUAUCGAACAAGAGUUGAACUUAUACAAGACUUUGAAUUCCCAGAAGCAUCUAAUCGUAUAAAAACAACCCGAGAUGGAAAGUUUGUUGUAGCAACAGGCACAUAUAAACCACAAAUGAGAGUAUUUGAAUAUGCAGACAUGUCCAUGAAAUUCGAACGUCAUACAGAUGCUGAAACUCUUAAUUUUGAGAUCUUGUCUGAGGAUUGGACAAAGCAAGCACUUUUACAAAACGAUCGAUCGAUCGAACUUCAUGCUCAAGGUGGCAUUCAUUACCGUACAAGAAUACCAAAGUUUGGUCGUGAUCUUGCAUACCAUUUUCCUUCAUGCGAUCUUUUACUCAGUGCUUCAGGAAACGAAGUAUACAGAUUAAAUUUGGAUCAAGGACGUUUCUUAAACUCAAUUACGACUGAUGCCGAAGAAGGUGUCAACUGCGUCGAGAUUAACCCUGCUCAUCAGCUUUUCGGUUUUGGUACAGCAAGAGGAACAGUCGAGUUAUGGGACCCACGAUCAAAAUCGCGUGUUGGUUUAUUAUCUAAUCUCGAAGUUCCUGAAUCAUACGGAAGAGACGAUAGUUCACCAUUAGAAGUGUCAGCGUUAAAGUUUAGAAAUGAUGGAUUGACCAUGGCUGUGGGUACAACAACAGGUCACACCUUACUCUAUGAUUUACGUUCUCCUAUGCCGACAAUUGUGAAAGAUCAUCAAUAUGGUUUUCCCAUCAAGAGCAUACAUUUCCAUAAAGGAAGUGCAAGUGACUCAGAGACAGCAGGAGACAAGGUGAUUGUGUCUGAUUGCAAGAUUGUCAAGAUCUGGGACCGUGCAAACGGAAAACACUUUACUUCAAUUGAACCCGAGACAGAUAUUAAUGAUGUGUGCACAGUGGAAGACAGCGGCUUGAUUUACACAGCAAACGAAGGUAUCCAAAUGGGUGCCUACUUUAUUCCUCAACUUGGUCCUGCUCCUCGUUGGGCUUCUUUCUUGGAAAACCUUACAGAAGAAAUGGAAGAGAACCCUAACCGUGAUAUUUACGACGAAUAUAAGUUUAUUACUCGCAAAGAACUCAAGGCACUUGGAUUGGAGCAUCUUAUGGGUACCAACGUCCUCAAAGCCUACAUGCACGGUUUCUUUGUUGAUCUUCGACUUUAUGAAAAGGCUAGACUCAUUGCCAAUCCCUUCGCUUAUGACGAGUACAAGGAUCGUGUUGUUAAAGAAAAGGUUGAAAAGGAACGUCAAUCACGUAUUCGUGCCGUCAAACAACUGCCCUCUGUCAAUAAGGCACUGGCUAAGGAACUUAUGUCUGAAGGAGAUGGCAAGAAGAGUGGCAAAAGCGAACUCUUGCAAGAUAGUCGUUUUGCUGAUAUGUUUGCUGAUCCUGACUUCCAGGUGGAUGAACAGUCUAAAGAAUAUCAAUUGUUGCAUCCUAUAGCUAAAAAGAAACAAGUAAAUUCUGAUGACGAAGACGAAGAUGAUGAAGAGAUGGAAGAAGAAAACAGAAACAAUGUUCGUGACGCUUCAGAUUCUGAUGAUGCCUCUAAAAAUGACGACUCUGACAGCGAAGAUGAUAUUGUAUCCAAGAUUCGUAAGGAACGUGGAUUACUGGUGCGAGACAAACAGCCAACAAUCACAUCUGUAAGAACUGGUCAUGUGCAAAAGAAGAAGAUAAAGAUGAGCAUGGGUACAGAAGGUGGACGAAUCACAAGCAGAAACGAUGGCAAGAAGUCAUUUGCAGCAAGAUUGAAGUCAGAGAAUAGCCGAGUCCAGAGAGAAGGACACAAGGUGUCACGUACUGCUUUGGGUGGUAUGGAGAUGGCAUUUACACCAAAAUCAAAAAAGAACAAUAGAAGAUAA